GGGCUGCACAAGUAUUUUGUAUUGGCCUCUCCCAUUUCUUCCCAUUAAAAAUCCGGCUGUACUUGUUCCUCUUCAAAAUCGAUGUGGAAUACCUGUGGAUGAUGAUUUGAGAUGCUGUCGAGCUAGCACGAUCAUCUCAAACUCCAUCCCACCUAAAUGCCGUGCCCAAUAAUCUCAGCGCCGCUGGCGGCUAUGACAACAGCCUUCGAUUUCCCUUGCCCAACGACUUGGCUCCAGUCGGCCACAACGGCACCCGAGCAUAUCCCCCCCUUUCCAACGGCUGGGCCAUCUUCGUGCAACCCGCCGGCAUGGGCAAGCAAUGUGGCUGGCCACGGAUUGCAAUACUAUUCACCAGCUAUAUGCCCCAGAGGUUUCAAUGUCGGACCUGAAUGCAAAAUCACGAAAACUCGGGCGCCAGAGGGGAUUCCAGCUAUACGGAGCGGCGAAACGGUGGUAUACUGUGUUCCAAGAGGUUAUACAUGCACAACAGACACAGCUCAUGGCCAAGGGGGAGUCUGGGGAUACACGAGUAGCCAAGGGUCUGAUUCCAUUACAGUCGGUCCUGCCAUCCAGAUCCGCUGGCAGAGCUCCGAUUUGCCGGCCCUCGAGACCCACCCUCUCACUCCUGGUAUGGUUCUGGCGGGACGCACAACGACGGUGACGCGGACAACAACGAAGACUCGCGACGCCCUGAACGUUAUCGGAACACCAGUGGCUGCUGGUUAUGCUGUGACAUCCACUGUGGGAAUUCCAACGACAGAGACGACGGCAGCUGCCGCAGAGAAAGCCUACGACUCAGCAUCGGUCAUCGCACCUCCUGUGGCACAAAAAUCCACCUCGACGUCCAAAGCUGUUGACACCACCAAUAGUCCCCAACGUCCCACAAACUUGACUCUGGCCAUCAUUGCUCUGGCAGUAACGCUAGGGCUCGUCUGCGUCGGCCUCUUCGCCUUCGUAAUUAUUCGCCGCGGCAAGGCAUCGAAGAACGAACGAACAAGACCUACCAUGAACCUGCAGGUGGAAAUGACACAAGACGAUGGCAAAUACAGUGCAAGCGUGCAAAAUCAAGUCGAACCUCAAGAUACAAACAUGAUCAAUCAUGUCUCUUAUGACUCGGCGCCGGACGUAGAAAAAGGAGGGGCCUUUAAAGCAGGGAAGAUCACUGAUCUCCUGCCCCCAUCAGCGCCAUCUCGCACAGACUCCAGCAUAUCCCAAUUCAGCGACUCGGUCACAUCCAUCGUCGUGCAAAGGGACAGUAUCAUGUCGCGCGUCUCUCGCCUCUUCGGUGCUUAUUCCCCGUCAAGGAAAGCGCCGCAAUUCACGUUGGCCACACCGCCUGGUACAUCACGACAGUCGAGUUUCGCAGACGGCUCGGGCUCGCCUAACUCCCCGGAGUCAUCAGAGCGAGAUUCGGAGUACUGGGCGGGACCGUACGGAGUUGGAUUGACGGCACCGGGGCAGGGCCUAGUGGUGUAUCGGAACUUUGAUGAAGAGGAUGAGCAGGAAUCGCCUCCAAAGUCGAGGAGCAGGCUGAGUCGAGUCGGCAUGGGGAAGUAUGACCGCCGGUUUAGCGGUAGGAGCAAUGAUACCUUUGGGAAGUUGUUGAACAUGUAAGAAUUGUCCGGAAAAGCACCGUGGAGUGGCUGAUUUCAAAAUCCCGGCUUGUCGUGUAUUGCCCAAGUAUAUCGACACUUGGGAGGGCCGUUGAUAUGGGUGCAUCAAGACAUUGAAGGGAGACCCUGCUGAGCAGACCAUCCCGCCCUGUCAUGCCGUAUUUUUAAUUUGGAAGAAGGAUAUUCAUGUAGAGGGAGUACGGAGUCGGAGUAUAUUUUCCUUUGUUAGAGAUAGACCGUUGACUUGAGUGCUAGAAA